AUGGCGGUUAAAUUUGUGCAAAAAGGAGACUUGAAUUCCCUACAGGAAUAUUUAAAUUCUUUUUCGUGUGAAGAAUCUCGUAAAAUUGUGAAUGCACCUGACCAACACGGAGAUACUUUGAUUCAUUUUUCAGCUCGAUUUCACAAAAAGAACAUGCUCCACCUACUUAUCCAGAAUUAUGGUGGAAAUGCUAUGGCAGUUAACGAUCAUGGACGACAGCCGCUACAUGAAGCGAUUGAAAGUUUGGAAUGCGUGAGUUAUUUAUGUGAGCAGAAUGUGGAUGUAAAUUGUAUGAAACGCGGGGGUUGGACACCUUUGAUGAUUGCAGGUGCGGCGAUGAAAGGUAGACUUGAUAUUGUCAAGGUGCUCAUCAGAUACG